AUGUCGACCGCCAUCAAAUCCAUCAAGUCCCUCGCGCCCCUCCUCGAUCGCGUUCUGGUGCAGCGCGCAAAGAUGCAGGCCAAGACAUCCGGAGGCAUCUACCUCCCCGAGACCGCAGUCAAAGAUUUGAACGAGGCAAAGGUGUUGGCUGUGGGCCCCGGUUUGAUGGACAAGGACGGCAAGCGGUUAGCAAUGGGCGUGAAGGCUGGAGACCGCGUUCUGAUUCCACAGUUCGGAGGCAGCCCGAUUAAGGUUGGCGAUGAGGAGUUCUCUAUCUUCCGGGAUCACGACAUCCUGGCCAAGAUCAACGAGUAG